UUCAGUUGCGAAGUAAAGACUCGUGUCUCCAAGAUGAUUCCAUGAUCCAUGUCCCUGUUGAGAUCUGUUGAGUUGGGAAACGUAAAUUCCAGACUACCAAAUCCUGUCCAUAAAUCUCUCCCCGGAGCUCUAGAGCCCAAAUCUGACACCGAACUGGACUGUUUCAAGACACAGUGAGCUGGUAAUCUGGUAUUGACUAUCGAUCUGCUGUGAAGUGAAACUUUUGAUGGAAAAUGGCAUCAGUCAACCAGGACCAGCAACCACUCAACUUGGCUUCAAGAAUGGAUUGGCCUAAUCCAGUGAGUCUUGAUGAGAUGAAAGGUAUAUUUGCAUCUCAAAAUGUUGAUCUGGAUGCUAGAGACGAACGUGGUUGGUCACCUCUGAUGAUCGCUUGUGCUAAAGAUAAGAAGGAAAUGGUCCAGUUCCUCCUUGAUCAUGGAGCUGACCCCAAUGCGAAGGGCUCUGAAGAUGAAAACACACCAAUGCACUGUGCUUCCGUGGGCGUCUUCUGUACAAAUCUUCCAAGUUUAGGUCAGUUUUCCCUUCAAGACACGGGCAGGCCGUCAAGUAAGGAUAUUCUCAGACUUCUCAUCAAUCAUGGCGCAACACUGACCUGUAACUCAAAUGGACUCGAUCCUCCUUGCAUCGCAGCAAUUUACAACUUCCAAGACAUCGUUGAAUUCUUUGUCCAGGGAAAAACCCAUGAAUUGCAAUUGUCCAACGCAGAAAAGGCAAGAGUUUAUGAAAUUCUUGGAGUGGCAGUGGGCCUUAAUGCUCACUUCAAUGUACCUGCUUGCACAGGUGAGGAACACCCAUGUACACAUUUCUGCAGAGCUCUGUCUAUUCACAAGGAAAAUGGUAUUAAACCCUAUGGGAAUCAUGGAAAGUCUUUAGUAGCUGCUUCUUUCUUUCUUUUCUCUGAAACAAAGGAAUGUAAGACUCAAGAAGACUUGGAAAACAUCAAGUCAGAUCAGUGGUCUUUAAAGAACCAGUGCUUCUUGGUUGCAGAAAGAGUGCUCCCAGAAGAAAUAAAAGAUAGCUACAUCUUUCAAAGAAUUUACCAGCAUGGGCUUGAUGGCGUGAUGUUUCACAAGGGAAAGAUCCAGGAAACACUGUCACAAGGCUCUCAGAUCUGUAGAGAAUUAAUACAGUUGGAGCUGGAAUCAAGACUCGAGGUUGGCUCAGUCCUUGUAAAGAUAGUGAAUGGUAUCUGUUACGAAAAACUUGAAGAUGAAGUAGUUGAUGAGUGUUACAAGUUGGUAGAUCUUUGUUUGCAGGUGUUUAGUAAAGACUCCCAGGACCUUGAACUCGACUUUGAUUUGGUGGAUGAAUUUGGCUAUUUAUUGUUCAAUAUUGCUAACUGUGACUCUGCCAUGCCAAAGAGAAUGUUUGAACCACUGCUUCAGUUUGGUGAAGGAAUGGUAAGAGUUAUUAGAAUGCAAUUUGGUGAAAAAUCUUGUGUAGCAAUCUCUCACUGUAUUUUGGAAUGCAUUAAUGAAUUGUAUGUACCGGUAAGGUCUUCCAAAGACAGGGGAAAAGAGUACCGUCGAAAGCAAGUAAAAGAGAAGCGCAUGAGGCACUUGAUCUUAAGGAUGAUGCGAUGUGAAGAUGCAACUCAAAUUGACUCUAACGGGAACUCAAUGAUGCAUUCGUUAUUUUUUGGAAUUGGUCUACAUAACAAACAGCAGUUCACAAAGGAAAUUGCUCUGAUCCUUAUUCGCAAUGGGUGUGAUAUUGAAGCGCGCGAUGCUGAUGGUGAAACAGUGAAAGAGAUGAUUUGUAACCAUAGACGUUUCGAUCCAGAUGCACCAGAAAAUGAAGAGCUAAUGACCCUGUUAUCCCCACCAAGAACAACGUUACCUCUACAAGAAAUAGCAGCAAGAACAAUCCUUCGCUGCAAGAUCCCGCAUGAGGGCAUAGUACCAAGACAUUUGUCUGUUUUUCUUACAGGGGAAGUAGAAUACUCAGACUCAGAACUCUAUCUAUCUCCUAGUGACUGUGAGUCAAGAGAAAGUGAGUAAGUUGAAUGGGGUUAUUCCAGUCCUGAUGGUAGUGUAUCUGAUGGUGUUAUGUCUGAUUGGCCAGAUAGUCCCUGGUCUCAUUAUUUAUACGAAAUGCUCGGCCACUAGUAAUACACUUGCCCUCCAGUACCAGUACCAGGAAACAAAUAGGUGAUGGGGCUUUUAAAGAGAAGGUUGAGUUCUGGGAAGAGGUGAAAAAUUAUUUGUGAGCGUUACUCAUUCUUAUUAUGCAAG